AGGGUACCGGACAGUAAUCGAAAAAAAAUCUAAGUUGUGUUUUAAAAUAAAGUUUUUUAUACAAGAACAUCACUUAGUAAAGAUUUUUAAGAAAUAACAAUGAUUUAUAAUUUUAAAUCAAUAAAUAAAGUUGCAAAAAUCCAAUAUUUUUUAUCUGUGCAGCGUAAGAACCCAAACACCAAUCACAGUGGGUGACGUCAUACCUCAGAAGUGAUAAGUAAACAACACUGCUUUGUAUGUUAUUUCGAGUUAUUCUACGAUUUAUUAGCAUUUUUCUAAAAAUAUUUAAUUGUAAUUAGUUAAGAAUUGAAGGACUUUACUCAUAACAGAAGUUGUCGCAAGUGCUUGAAGCCGCCUAUAUCGAGCUUUUAUCAUGGAACAAGGUUAAUAAAGCCGACAAUAGAAAUCUCUCAAAAGAUUGAUAUUUUCAUGGUCGGCAGUUUCUUUGCCACUAAUACCGACUUUUAUUUUGCUGAAUUUCGCAAUGUGAAAACAUUUGUAAAAAUGAUCAAAACGCUGUCCUGGACUGGUGGAACUGAAGAAGAAUAUGAAACCCAACAUUUUGGGUUCGGUGCACAAAGAUUAAAAAUAGCAGUGCGGCAAAUGGUAGAACAAAAAAUUACGACAGGCGUAAAAGAAAUGGAGUCAUCUUUAAAAGAAUCUUGGGAUCUUAAUCAUACUGACCAGACAACAAUUAAACACUCUUGUGACAAGCUAAUAAAAUUGUAUUGUGAACGCGCUGGUCCUUCCUUGGAGAUCAUAGAUGAUGAAAUUGAUCGUAUCCUGAAGAUACCUAGCAACGUACUUCUGCCUGGAGAUGAAGUCCAAAUGCAAGAAGUAGCUGAUGUAGAUUAUGACAGUCUGAAGAAAGAGGUUUCUGCCUUAAGAAAACGUGUAGAAAGAGGUGCUCUGGUGGAAGCUAUAUUGCUUGCAGAGGAAGAAGAACUAGCAUCAGUGGAAAAAGUUUGUGAAACUGCCAAUAAAGAUAUGGAAGUUUUAGAUUUGUUACACAAAAGCAUUGAUGCUAGUUGCAGUAUAAAAUCAAUUCAAAAUGAUACUCAAUUCUUGUGUGCAAGUGUACCUUUUAUGAAAAAAAGUGAUGAGAGUAGGUUUAUUGAUGAUUGAACAUGUUUGUGUUAGUUUUAUUGACUUACAGUGAUUGUGAUAUCCUUAAAAAGACAUUAAAAAUGUAAAUGGGCAGUAUGUAUCUUUUAGGUAUUUUUUAUGCACAAAUGCAGUAUAGAGCACUGUUAAGUAUAUUCUUUACAAAUUGAUUUGAUUGCUAUUUUUUUCUUUAAUGGUAAAGCUCUUGUCUUUUUUUAGAGUAACAUAACUAAGUAUGAAUGCUAAGCACUGCACUUAUGGUGUAGGAAAAUGUUUUUCUGACUCCGUUUGUAAUGAAAACAUUUGAAUGUGCAUCCAUAAAGUUUCUUAAAUGGGUUCACAUUGGUGAGACAAGCAUCGGUUAUUUAAUAACCUGGCUUACACUGCUGGGUCCUGGUCACAGGUGGGAUGUCGGCUCCUGCAUUACUGGCCCCAAAUCUUAGAUUACUGCUUACUCUUGUACAUAAUUGUCAUCAUGUUUACCAUUUCAACCAUAUGGCUAACAAAAGUCUUUUGAUUUUGUAAAAUGAAACUUUACUUCAAUGUAAGUGUAGGUUGCACCAUUACUUUAACACAAACUAAAUAAGCUGUCAAAUCCCUGUUAAGGCAUUAUUUGUGAUGUAGAUAACAUAAAAAAACAUACCACUGCAAUUGUUACUUACCGCUUAAAUUAAUACCUUCAACUUAAUACUACAUUCUUUAUACUGAUAUUUUGUUUUGCAAGUUAGGUACUUCAGACCUAAAAAUUUCCACUUAGGUAAAUUUGUUUUUAGGUUUCCAUAUAAAUUAAUAAUAAACUAUCAAUUAUGGAAAUUCAUGGGGUUCUGCAGAAGAGAUAUAAAUAAUGAUAAAAUAAAAUAUAUAUAUCAAUGAAA